AUGGAGACAUCAGAGUCAGCAGCACAAGCCGUUCCGGUGCUUAGCACUGGCAACGAUGCCAAGCGAGUAUCGAAGAAGCGGUCGCUGGAAGACGUUGAGCAGGGAGAUAUGAUGCCCAACGGAUCACAAUCUCAUCGGGCCUCAUCGCAUGAGCCCGAGGCCAAGCGAGCGAGAACGGAGCAAAUCGGUCAAUCAGUCGAGCAGGAUGUGUCAAUGGACUCGGAAGGCGCCGAUGAAGGCGAGCUGGAGGAAGACGGAGAGGUUCUACCUUCCGAACCCGAAUCCGAAGACCAGAGGGUCGUCGCCGCAGAGAGUGGAGGAAACGCCGGAUCUCGCACGCGUUCAAAGGCGUCUUCUUCGGGGGAAGAGUCAGAUGCAGGCAGCAAACGGACGACCCGUUCAAUGUCGGCGGCGGCGAGUGGCCCAUCUCAAGUUGGAUGGAAUCAAGGCAUCACGUCCCAGAUCCGGACAUCACUUGGAGGGCCCAAGACCAAGGCCGCACCGGUGCCGGCCAAGGUCUCUAUUGCUGAGGAGGAAAGCGCGCCUGCUGCCACACCUGCAUCCGAUUCUCAAGAAGCGCCUGCACCGACCGAGGCAACCGAGCCAGCCCAACCUGCCCAACCGGCAUCAAAGGAGCCCAAAAUCUCUCGACAGCAGCGAAGAGCCGAAGCCGCCGCUCUCGAGAAAGAAAAGGCACAAAAUGAAAAGAGUGCUUUCGUCUAUGAGGGUAUGACUUUCUUCCAACCCAACAAGAAGACGCUUUUGCAACCAAAGGGAAACAACCUAGGCAGUGGAGUGUGGAGAUCCAAGUUUAAGAGCUGGGCCCAGUCAUUCAUCAGCCGCAAUAGCGAGCAGGAGCAGCUGCUCACGCCCGAAAUUCUCGUCGCCGCUCUGCAGGACUACAUUGCGCAUCGGGCGCAGUGGAAUAAGAAGAGGCAGUCCCCGGCCGCCACCACCGAGUCACGCAAGCCCGAAACGAGGACUGACAUGGCCUCCAUCCUGGCGUCGGCUGUGAAGAAGCCUACACGCCAGCUAGGAUCGGAAGAGUCGCCCCUGAUCAUCCACGACGACGAGGACGAGGUCGACGACGACAUUCAAAAAGUAUCACCUUCCGGUGCCAGACGGGAGUCCAGCGAUCAACAUUCGGCUACAACACCAUCUCAAAACGACGUGGUGGAAGUGGUGGACGACGAGGACGAGGAGAUGGAGGAAGAGCAAGGUGAACCUGGACCGGCGAUCAUGACCGAGGAGGAGGACCUGGAGCAGCAACGAAAGUACUUCCCUGGCCUGGCAGACACCGCCCAGAUCUGCGUGUACUGCGCAACUCUCGGACACACCUCGAUGGCUUGCCCCAACACUCGUUGCAAGUUCUGCGAACAUACCGACCACUUUUCGUGGAACUGCCCUACACGCGAGAGGUGCACUAAGUGUCGCCAGCUCGGCCACGGCAAGACCCAGUGCAAGGAGAAACUCAUUCAUCUGGAUGAGGAGGGUAUGGAGUGUGCCCUAUGUGGCUCCCAGGCUCAUCAGGAGAACGAGUGCGAGAGAGUCUGGCGGUCAUACAAGCCUCCGAGGAUGAUCAAGAAGGUCAAGCCGUUCCCCGCCUUCUGCGGCUUUUGCGGAAACGAGAGCCACUACUCUUCCGAUUGUCAUCUGAACCGUGACAGACCGAAAAGCGAAACGUGGACGCUCAAGAACAGACACCUCUACGUCGACAAGAACGCAACCGAUUGGCCGAUCAGCGACUUCGCUAGUCAGCCCCAGAACCCCAAGUUCGCCCCUCUCUCGAUCAAGGGCUCUGCAGCCAAGCGAAACCACAUCUUCUACCCCGAUAGCGACGGGUCGGAGGAGGGCGAGUUCAUCAGUCAGAAGGUGAAGCCGCGUGCUCCACUCGGCAACAUCCAGAUGUCGACCAACCUCCAGAUCAACGCCGGCAACUUUGGACCACCACCGCAGACGCAGUCAAACGGGCGCGGUGGCCAGCAGCGAAAUGGGUGGUCAGCGCAGCAGCCUCCCCUCCCUCCAGGACCUCCACCUCCAGGUCCGCCACCACAGGGCUCGUACUCGCGAAUGUCUAGAAGCCACAACAACCAGUCGCGCCAGCCGGCGAACGGUUUGCCCCCCAAGCCCCCAGCACCGCAGUCGCAGCAACACGGGCGAGCAGGACCGAAUCCACCGAAGAAGCAGAGGACAAGGAACCAUUCCGGAAACUCCAAUGCGGGAGCCGCGCAGCAGCAGCAGAACGGUGGGGGCUCGGCGGCAUCGCGCCGAAGGGGCAAGAACAAACGCGGUGGGAAGCAAGGAUGA